AAUCACUUCGCCUCGGCGGACUCCGCUCUCUGGCUUCCCUCUUUGAGUGCUUAUGGGUGCCCACCCAAGGGAGCUGCCGCUCAGACCCCGGUCUCCUUAGUACUCACCCGAGAUCAUCAGGAACCCAGAGGCUUCGGUGUUGUCUCCCCUUCUCAAUGGCGUUUCUGGCGUCCACCUCAGGAGUCUCCUUAGCCAGCCUUGAUACACUCGGAAAUUAAACAGAGGAUCCACUGCAUAUAUUCUUGAAAAUUUUCAUCAUAUAUGUUCCGAACUUACCAAAUAAGCAUAAGGAUUUGAAGGUACUAACAGAGUGAGGGACAGGCCAAAAGCACAGCAGUAGGUGUGGAGAGGCCAUGGAAUAUCCACCCGCCAGAUAAUCAUCGCUGGAGUAACUGGAAGCAUCUGAAUGUAGGCUGCAGGAGUCCUGAAGGUUGAUGGAGGGCCAUGCUAUUCAAACAGCAGGCGUGGCUGAGACAGAAGCUCCUGGUGCUGGGAAGCCUUGCCGUUGGAAGUCUCCUGUAUCUAGUCGCCAGAGUUGGGAGCUUGGAUAGGCUACAACCCAUCUGCCCCAUCGAAGGCCGAUUCGGAGCCCGUGGCCAGGCUGAAUUCCCCCUGCGCGCCCUACAGUUUAAGCGUGGCCUGCUGCACGAGUUCCGGAAGGGCAACUCUUCCAAGGAGCAGGUACACCUUCAGGACCUGGUCCAGCAACUUCCCAAGGCCAUUAUCAUUGGAGUGAGGAAAGGAGGCACCAGGGCCCUGCUUGAGAUGCUGAACCUCCAUCCCGCAGUGGUCAAAGCCUCUCAAGAAAUCCACUUUUUUGACAAUGAUGAGAAUUAUGCCAAGGGCAUUGAGUGGUAUAGGAAAAAGAUGCCUUUUUCCUACCCUCAGCAAAUCACAAUUGAAAAGAGUCCAGCAUAUUUUAUCACGGAGGAGGUUCCGGAAAGGAUUUACAAGAUGAACUCAUCCAUCAAGUUGUUGAUCAUUGUCAGGGAGCCAACCACAAGAGCUAUUUCUGAUUACACUCAGGUGCUAGAGGGGAAAGAGAGGAAGAAUAAAACUUAUUACAAGUUUGAGAAGCUGGCCAUAGACCCUAAUACCUGCGAAGUGAACACGAAAUACAAGGCAGUAAGAACCAGCAUCUACACCAAACAUCUGGAAAGGUGGUUGAAGUACUUUCCAAUUGAGCAAUUCCACAUUGUUGAUGGAGAUCGCCUCAUCACGGAACCCCUACCAGAACUUCAACUUGUGGAGAAGUUCCUAAAUCUUCCCCCAAGGAUAAGUCAAUACAAUUUGUAUUUCAAUGCUACCAGAGGGUUUUACUGCUUGCGAUUUAACAUUAUCUUUAACAAGUGCCUGGCGGGCAGCAAGGGGCGCAUUCAUCCAGAGGUGGACCCCUCUGUCAUUACCAAAUUGCGCAAAUUCUUUCACCCUUUCAAUCAAAAAUUUUACCAGAUCACUGGGAGGACAUUGAACUGGCCCUAAAAUAAUACAUCAUACAACACUGUGUGUUGUGCCUGGAGACAGACAGUGUCUCUUCUAGAUUAAAAUAUGCACUUUUCCUAGACACAACUGUCCACGUCAUUUUUCCAUGUAUACUUGUACAUAUGCAGUGUGUGACCAAAUAUAAGAUCAGCUCUUUUUCUACUGAAAAUUUACAAAAUCAAAACAAAACAAAGCACCAAUUUGCAGUCUACAUAGUUGCAUCUUUUAUGCUAUUUACAAAAAGAAGAGGUGGUGAUACUGGGAAAAAGUGACUUCAACUAUUCUCAAAGAGUUAGUCUUCCUUUGAGUCAGGAUUUGUCGCCUGCCAUUUUCAUAGAUUUAAGCCAAAAGAUGAACAUGUGAAAAUGUACCAAUGGCUGUGAAGUUUCAGGAAGUAGAGGAUUCAGUUAUGCAUACUUUUCUAAGGGAAAGCUGACUCUUUAAUUCAGUUGCUGAAUUGAUGCCAUGAAAACAGAAAAUACUAUUUUCUUAUUAUUUAAAAGAAUGUCUUAGCUCAUAAAAUGGACAUCAUUCCAAAGUUCCCAUGGUGAUUUUGCACUAUUGUUUUCUCGUAUGGACCAUGGUGUCACUUGUAGCAUGUCAAUCACACGUCGGAAAGUUGAGUCCUUUGGCUUCCAUGUUCUAUGUCAACAAAGAGAAAUGUCAUGUACAUAUUGUAUAUAGUUGUAUAUACUGCUUUCACACUAAGUAAUUCUAUUUUGUAAACUGAAUAUGGCUAUUUAAUUUAUUGUGGAAAUUAAAUUUAUUGUGGUAUUUAAAAAAUGGAAUGGAUUAAAAUUACUCUAUGUGCAAUUUUUUUUUACUCAUUUGUCUUACAUGCCCCUUGCUGGCUCCCAAAGUCAAAGCUGUUUAUGUACACACAAGAGCACUUGGAAAGAUGC